UGACUGUAACAUCAUGGUGAUCACUGUAACAUCCCUUAAAUGCAAUUAACAUCAUGGUGAUCACUGUAACAUUCCUGUUCCCUAGUGAUGUCCACCCUCUAUUCCACCAUUUCCGCUUUCCCUUAAAUGCAAUUAACCACCAUUGCAAUAACUAAAACCCUCUCUCUCUCUCUCUCUCUCUCUCUUUCUCAGAGAAGUCUCAAUGGCCUUCUCAGAAAAUACUCUUCAACCGGUGAUCGGGGCAGCGAUACCUUUAACAACGUUGCCGCCCAUUUCACCGUUGAUCCUCACCAUGCUUGCGUUGCUUGCUGGUGCUUUGCUCUACUUGUACACACCCUACUGGGGGGUGAGAAGGCUACCCGGCCCUCCCACCGUUCCUCUGGUGGGACACCUUCCUCUGCUCGCCAAGUACGGCCCAGAUGUUUUCAGUGUCCUCGCCAAACGCCAUGGUCCCAUCUUCAGGUUCCACAUGGGUAGGCAGCCCAUUGUGAUUGUAGCGGACCCAGAACUGUGUAGGGAGGUUGGAAUAAAGAAAUUCAAGGAUGUCAGCAACCGAAGCAUACCUUCCCCUAUCUCAGCCUCCCCACUUCAUCAAAAGGGCCUCUUCUUUACCAGAGACACUAGAUGGUCCAUCAUGCGAAAUUCCAUAAUAUCUGUCUACCAACCCUCCCACCUGUCCUACUUGCUGCCCUCUAUGCAAACAGUGAUAGACUCUGCUACUCUAAGCCUCCCCUCAUCUGAAGAGGAAGAUAUCACUUUCUCUAACCUUUCACUUCAACUGGCCACUGAUGUCAUCGGAAAAGCCGCUUUUGGUUUCGACUUUGGCCUCUCCAGACCACGGUCAGCAGCUGGCAGCGUUCAUGAAGGUGGUCACAGUGAUGAUCAAGUCUCGGACUUCGUCAAACAACACAUCUACUCCACCACAGCUCUCAAAAUGGACCUUUCAGGUUCCUUUUCAAUCGUACUGGGUCUGUUGGUUCCAAUCCUUCAGGAGCCUUUCAGGCAAAUCCUAAGGAGAAUACCGGGGACAACUGAUUGGAAGGUUGAUCAAACCAACCAAAAGUUGAGCCGACGGCUCGAUGGGAUUGUGGCAAAGAGAAUGAAGGAGAAGGAGCCUGGCUCCAAGGAUUUCUUAUCGCUCAUAUUGAGAGCUAGGGAGUCGGAGACAGUACCAAAGAAUGCCUUCACCUCGGACUACAUCAGUGCACUUGCUUAUGAGCAUCUGCUCGCUGGAUCGGCCACAACAUCCUUUACCCUGUCUUCAAUCCUUUAUCUGGUCGCUGAACACCCAGAGGUUGAGAAGAAAUUAUUCAGAGAGAUUGAUGGGUUUGGCCCACAUGAUGUAACACCUACUUCUCAUGAUCUUCAGCACAAGUUUCCUUACCUUGAUCAGGUAAUAAAAGAAGCAAUGAGAUUCUACACUGUGUCGCCCUUAGUUGCAAGGGAAGCAUCAAGAGAAAUAGAGUUAGGAGGAUACCAUCUCCCAAAGGGCACAUGGGUCUGGUUAGCUCCUGGGGCAAUAGCCAAAGACCCAAAACAUUUCCCAGAGCCAGAAAAGUUUUGUCCCGAGAGAUUUGAUCCUGAUUGUGAUGAAGAAAAGCAAAGACAUCCAUAUGCACACAUCCCCUUUGGGAUUGGACCUCGAGCCUGCAUUGGGAAGAAGUUCGCGAUACAAGAGAUAAAGCUCUCACUGAUUCACCUCUAUCGCCGAUACGUGUUUCGCCAUUCCCCUAACAUGGAGAAACCUUUGGCCCUUGAUUACGGAAUUGUUCUCAACUUCAAGCAUGGUGUAAAGCUCAGAGUCAUUAAACGACCUUGCAUCCAUCUAGUUAAUUAAAUCAAUGUCUAUCAGAUCACUAGACUUGUUUCUAUCUUCAAAUAUAAUGUAAAAGGAGAUUAACAGA